GCCGGAUAUUCCAUUUGCCACCUUUCGCACAGCCGCAAGCAAAGCUGCCCCCGCACAGUAUACAUAUCGCCCGUCUCUAAUACUCCCCCUUUAUUCCCCCGCCUUCGCGAGACAGACAAGUCAUGGUUCGCGCGUGCCCGAUCCUACUCGCCCUCUCUUUAGCAGGCUGCGCGCUCGCCCAGGACUCUUCAGCUUCCGCAUCAGACUACACUAUCCAGACCUCCCCUCCCGAGCCCACCUCCGCCACCAGCUCGGAAACUUCAUCCGCCGCAUCCUCGUCAUCAGACGCAAACUCGAGUACGACAGCUACUACGACUUCAGUUGAUCCUGCGUCAACAAGCGCUUUCCCAGGAACUUGUUCCAGCGAUUGUCAGGUUAUUGCUGACGCCCUUUCCUCUUGCGGCGUUGGCACAACACUCAAUACGACAUGUUUGUGUACCGUAGACGUGGAGCAGAGCUACCGGUCAUGUUUACAAUGCGCACUCGCUAUGGAUCCUACUAUCGGUAAUCAAUCAACCUACCAAGCAAUGCUUGACACCUACAUCAACCAAUGCGCCUCUGCAUCAUCCAAUCCCAUCACCCUCCCUCCCGCCACAAUCACCCUGCCCGCCAACGCCACUACUACCGGUUCCACCAAUGGCACCAACGGCACCAUAACCUCCACUUUUUCAAACUCGACGUCCGCCACCGUCAACACUAGCCCUACAACCUCUAUCGUCUCCACCACCUCUUCCUCUGGAGCGUCGUCAUCGGCAGCGACCAGCGCGGCUAGUACGGCCGAUGCUGCUACAAGCUCUGGAGCAGCCUCAAGCGCUGAGGAAAAGGCGGUGUAUAACCUGGGAGUUGGAUUGGUGGGUUUAAUGGUGGCUGUUUUGGUCUAGAGCGGUUCUCCAUGGAGAGCGCCGGCAGGCUGGACUUUUUUUCUUCUUUCUCGUGUUUGUUUGUGUGGAAAGGCAAGAUUAUUUAAUAUGUGUAUCGUUAAGCCCCAUUGAAACGAUCAUUGCGGAGAAGAAGAAGAAGACGGGUCAAAGCAUUAGUUGGUCAAGCCGAAAGGGGAUGGGCAAAAAGGCAACGAAUUGGUUCCUCACAAAGCAUGGUAUGAGAGAGAAACGGGCAUUCGCAACAAGUUCAAAAGGUCUUUUAAUCUGUAUAUUUUUCAAGAUAAUCAUAUAUGAGUUCCAUUACCUUUUUAACCCCACACUUCCAACUAAAGAAGACGAAUGGGAUGGACUUUUUCAAAGCACACUUUGAAAGUGCUUAUAAUUCAAUAGGAUACCGCAAUACUUGGUAAUUUUUUAUAGGCAUCAUGCACAAAGUCAUCUGC